AUGUACUUUACUGAUGCAGCCGAGAACCUGUUCCACGAACUCGUGGAACCCACUGAGAAAUUCGACAUAUCUGAUGGUGCAGUCUGGGCCGACAGCAACAGCGUGAGAUUCAAAUGGCCAUGGUCAAGAGCAUGGCAUUUCAUUGAUGCAAAAGAUGAUCCUCCGGAGGUCUGCAAUAUACAUUAUAGUUCUGACUGCGAUCCGGACAAAGAAUGUAUCAUAGCAGCCAUCAAGAACAUGGCUGACAUUUUGGUAAAUAAGACUUCGCGGGUCAACGAUCCAGAACUUUCCAAGGAAGAACAGAACAACGCUUUUAAAUUCCUGCUGCACUUCGUCGGCGACGUCACGCAGCCGUUACAUACCGAAGCUAAAUGUCGCGGCGGCAAUGGAAUAAUGGUUCAGUGGGGAAGACCGGAUAGUCAGCCAGAAAAAAUCCACGAAGUCUGGGAUUCGCUUAUCAUCAAGAAACUGCGCGGAUACAAAAGGCCAAGAGGUCCAGAUCCUGACAAUGUAUACGACAAAGAACUUUCUUUGGAUUGGGCGAAUGAUCUCAAAGCCAAAAUGGAUGGGUCUGCUAUUGACGUUGCAAGGGAAUGCGUCGACAUCUCAAAACCAGAGCAAUGUGCGCUGAAGUGGGCAGGCGAGGCCAACAGCUUUAUCUGUUCUUAUGUGCUCAAAGAUGGGGUCAAUCUGGGACAAGAUGAGGAUGAAGAUGAUUGUGAGUGGGAUUGGCAUGGUCCUGCAGACGUGUCAAAGGAGUAUUAUGAAGGCGCCGUGCCCAUUGUCGAGGACCUGGUCUAUAAAGCAGGCUGGAGGCUUGGGCAAUGGAUCAAUGCUCUUGCUGAACAGAGGGCGAAUAUGAUCAAGAGUGGGGUUGUGUUUGAUACUCGCGGACUAAUGGUUCAGCCACAGAUGGAACUAUGA